AUGGAGAGGGCGGUGUUUCAACUGAACCGCGGCGCAGCGGCGAUAUUGCUCACUGAUGCUCAGUAUGCGUUUACGGUUUCAGGUGACGGGUCUGUGACGGGACGUGGCCGGCGAAGUGUGACUCUGGAACGUGUAGUUUGUGCAUCAGUACGGCGUGUUCCCAAGAUAUCACACCAGGCGAAUUCUAUAAAGUGGCUCCCACUAUCUGAUCGUAUUACGCAACUCUCCUCCCGAACAGACCCCGGCUGAAUUAAGCUUAGAGCUCUUGUUGGGGUGCUCAAGCAGACGAUGUGAAUAUAGCCUGCGGCAGCUCCUGUGGGGGUAUAACGUAAAAGAGGCGUCAUCUACACCAUAUGCAAGCAAACUUUCUGCAAUAUCUUGGUAAAUUCUGGUCAAUGGUCUUCAAGUUUUACAGCUCAAUUUGUUAUUUGCAUUGAAUAGGAGUACAUUAACAAUGAUUGUGUAUGUGUUUUUGUAUAAAUUAUGCUGGUUUAAAAACAAUUAUGAUAAAAAAUAUCAGCAAACUCAACAUUUCUGAAGUACGAUGACAAAUGUUUUUUUGGGUGUGCCUUCAGCCAAAAUGGCACAGCUUUCUUAGUCUUUCUCACAUCACCAUCCCCCUUGGUGUCCUUAAUAGCUCGAAACUCCUGGAUUUUCAAAACAACUAGAUCUGGUCUGUUGGGAAAUGUAGGAUGUGAAAUUCAAGUUUCCGAGUGAUAAAAAGAGAGCUGUGAUUUGGGGACGAACAUUGCCAUAAAAGUAAUUACAUUUGUUGGCGUAUGUUAACAUCACCUCAAAGCAAAGUUAAUUUUUUGUUACAUUUUAAAACCUAGUACAAUUUACAAAAAUAUUCCAACUUUUAAAUGGGCUGUGAAAAUUCUUAAAAAUGUAUUGUGUAAUAAAGUCUUUAAACUGAACUGAA